CGCUUCCGCCGCUGGCCGCCGCCCAAGUUUUGCAGGCUGCUGUCGGUGCUCUUGGUGCUGUUUUCUGUUACGCUGUAGUUCAAGAACAGCUCAAGAAAUCAGUUUUGAAAACAUAAUAAGACAUUAGUGCUGAAAGUAGACGUCCUACGGAGUCUCCCGUCAGCCGCAAACUUAAUCCUGGUUUGGAAAACAAGUCGGACCUCUGUUUGAAAGAUGACUUCACCAUUGCUAAAAGAUGGUGGUGACUUGCUGCAGCAAGUAAGCGCUGACAAUCUUGAAUUGCUAGAACAGAUCGGACUGUAUCUCUCGUUAGAGAAAGUCGAGAACGCAGACAAGUUCUACAAGUCCGUGGUCGGUGUGCGGCUUCUGCAGCACUUCUGGAAGAAACUGAACAGGGAAGACGAGAUUGAAGCACACAGGAAUGAAGCUCUUCUCGCAAUAGCGGACUACAUCAAGAAAAACCCAAGGGCCACAGAAGAACAAAUCCUCAAGGAAAUCCAGAAACAAAUCGACAUCUUUGUUGCAAAGAUCGAGUGAAGUCAAUGCCUGCGAGUGUAAAUGUGUGUGUGUGUCGUGCGUUCCCUAGCUUCUCAACUUUUGUUCAAAAGGUGUUUGAGGUCGGGUUGCACCAGUGAGCGACAAACAGGGAAGAGACAUUUCAGGGGUAAAAGCAGUCGUUAUAUUUCUUUAUUCAACUUCUGCGCUUAUUUCACAACACAGAAACACCAAUUUUUGUUUGCGUGGAGAAAAGAUUAGCACAAAAUACCAGGUCAGUAGGGAAAAACAGGUUUGCAGCGCAGUAGCACAGACAUUUCUACAAGCUGCUGAUCUCGCGACGCACCCUUACGGUUUUGUAUACAAAAUGCGCAGUGUAAAAAGGGAGAACAAUCUUUCAUUAAACUCUGCUCAUCAACCUGUAACAAAAAUACGGCGGCAUUAUCUGCAAGGCACAAUGUUUUCGUGGCACUUGUACAUUGUAUAAUAUAUUCUAAAAAAAAAAAAAAGCACGACAGAUCUAGUCGGUAUAAUAAAUGCUUGUUCGACAGCUAUGUACAUUC